ACGAUCCCUGAAACCGAUGCCGGAUCUGUGCGAGCGGGAGGGAGCAGGCAGGGGAAGCACCACCGGCGCGCUUGCACACUCGCCCUCGCGCACACUCGCCGCUCCAACUCGCUUCUCAUCUCUUCCCCGCCCGCCCCCCGCAGCCGCCGGCGCCUCACCAUGCCCGCGGCGGGCACGCCCCGCGCGGAUCCCGGCUGCUCGCGGUAGCUGGAACCGCUGCGGCCGCGGGGAGCCCGGAGCCGCCCGCGCGCGCCCGGACGCGGGUCUAUGGGAAGUUCGGGGACUUGACAGCCGCCGCCGCCGCAGGCGUUAUUGGGAGACGUGAGCUGAAGUAAUGCGAAGACGACAUGGAAGCCCAGUCCCACAGUUCCACGACCACUGAGAAGAAAAAAGUGGAGAAUUCCGUAAUGAAAUGCUCCCCUCGGACAGAUGUCAGUGAGAAAGCCGUGGCUUCCAGCACUACUUCCAAUGAGGAUGAAAGUCCCGGGCAGACCUAUCACAGAGAGAGAAGGAACGCAAUCGCCAUGCAGCCACAGAGUGUCCACGGGCUCAGCAAAAUCAGUGAGGAGCCGUCAACAUCCAGUGAUGAGAGGGCCUCGUUGAUCAAGAAGGAGAUCCAUGGAUCCCUUCCGCACCUGGCCGAGCCCUCUGUCCCGUACCGCGGGACUGUGUUUGCCAUGGACCCCAGGAAUGGCUACGUGGAGCCUCACUACCACCCUCCUCACCUCUUUCCCGCGUUCCAUCCUCCUGUACCCAUCGAUGCGCGACAUCACGAAGGGCGUUACCAUUACGAACCGUCCCCUAUUCCUCCACUGCACGUGCCUUCUGCCUUAUCCAGCAGCCCAACAUAUUCGGACCUGCCCUUCAUUAGGAUCUCCCCUCACCGGAACCCAGCUGCAGCUUCUGAGUCUCCGUUCAGCCCACCCCAUCCUUACAUUAAUCCUUACAUGGACUACAUACGUUCCUUGCACAGCAGCCCAUCUUUGUCUAUGAUUUCUGCUGCCCGGGGGCUCAGCCCUACAGAUGCCCCCCAUGCUGGAGUCAGCCCUGCGGAAUACUAUCACCAGAUGGCCCUGAUAGCCGGCCAGCGCAGCCCGUACACAGACCUCUUCCCCUCAGCUGCCACCGCAGGGGCUGGCACCAUCCACAUGGAGUAUCUCCACGCCAUGGAUAGCACCAGAUUCCCCAGCCCCCGGCUGUCAGCCAGACCGAGCCGAAAGCGCACGCUGUCCAUAUCUCCACUGUCCGAUCAUAGCUUUGACCUUCAGACCAUGAUAAGGACGUCCCCCAACUCCCUGGUCACGAUUCUCAAUAAUUCCCGUAGCAGCUCUUCAGCAAGUGGUUCCUACGGCCACUUAUCUGCAAGUGCAAUCAGCCCUGCCUUGAGCUUCACCUACCCUUCUGCACCCGUCUCUCUCCAUAUGCAUCAACAAAUCUUAAGUCGACAACAAAGCUUAGGAUCAGCCUUUGGACAUAGCCCUCCACUCAUCCACCCUGCCCCAACUUUUCCAACACAGAGGCCUAUUCCAGGGAUCCCUACCAUCCUGAACCCUGUCCAGGUCAGCUCCGGCCCCUCCGAGUCCUCACAGAACAAGCCCACCAGUGAGUCUGCCGUCAGCAGCACUGGCGACCUCGUGCACAACAAGCGGUCCAAGAUCAAGCCCGACGAAGACCUUCCCAGUCCAGGGGCCCGGACUCAGCAGGAACAGCCGGAAGGAACAACCCUGGUCAAGGAGGAAGGGGACAAAGAUGAAAGCAAGCAGGAGCCCGAAGUAAUCUACGAGACGAACUGCCACUGGGAAGGCUGCACCAGAGAGUUUGACACUCAGGAACAGCUAGUGCAUCAUAUAAAUAAUGACCACAUCCACGGAGAGAAGAAAGAGUUUGUGUGCCGGUGGCUCGAUUGUUCGAGAGAGCAGAAGCCCUUCAAAGCCCAGUAUAUGUUGGUAGUGCAUAUGAGAAGGCACACGGGAGAGAAGCCUCACAAAUGCACUUUUGAAGGUUGUACAAAGGCCUACUCCAGACUAGAAAACUUGAAAACCCACUUGAGAUCCCACACUGGAGAGAAACCGUAUGUCUGUGAGCACGAAGGUUGCAACAAGGCUUUUUCAAAUGCCUCUGAUCGCGCCAAGCACCAAAAUAGAACACAUUCCAAUGAGAAACCGUACGUGUGCAAAAUCCCAGGCUGCACCAAACGCUACACAGACCCCAGCUCCCUCCGGAAACACGUGAAGACCGUGCACGGCCCAGAAGCCCAUGUCACCAAGAAGCAGCGUGGAGACAUCCAUCCUCGGCCCCCUCCGCCGCGAGACUCCGGGAGCCAUUCCCACUCCCGGUCCCCCGGCCGGCAGACUCAGGGAGCACUUGGUGACCAGAGGGACCUCAGCAACACUACCUCAAAGCGAGAAGAAUGCCUCCAAGUGAAAACGGUCAAAGCUGAGAAGCCCAUGGUAUCUCAGACAAGCCCUGGUGGUCAGUCUUCAUGCAGCAGCCAACAGUCCCCCAUCAGCAACUAUUCCAACAGUGGGCUCGAGCUUCAUCUGACUGACGGAGGUGGCGUAGGAGACCUCGGUGCCAUCGAUGAAACCCCAAUCAUGGACUCUACCAUCUCCACCGCCACCACCGCCCUCGCUCUGCAGGCCAGGAGGAACACAGCAGGGACCAAAUGGAUGGAGCACGUGAAACUAGAAAGGCUAAAGCAAGUGAAUGGAAUGCUUCCGCGACUGAACCCCAUUCUACCCCCCAAAGCCCCUGCGGUCUCUCCUCUCAUAGGAAAUGGCACACAGCCCAGUAGCAACUGCAGUUUGGGUGGAACCGUGACUCUUCUCCCGAACAGAGGCGACCUUUCCGGGGUGGACAUCACCAUGCUGAACCUGCUCAACAGGAGGGACAGCAGCGCCAGCACCAUCAGCUCGGCCUACCUGAGCAGCCGCCGGUCCUCAGGGAUCUCCCCCUGCUUCUCUAGCCGCAGGUCCAGCGAGGCCUCGCAGGCCGAGGGGCGGCCCCAGAACGUGAGCGUGGCCGACUCCUACGACCCCAUCUCCACCGACGCCUCGCGCCGCUCCAGCGAGGCCAGCCAGGGCGACGGGCUGCCCGGCCUGCUCAGCCUCACGCCCGCCCAGCAGUACCGGCUGAAGGCCAAGUACGCCGCGGCCACUGGCGGGCCCCCGCCCACGCCCCUGCCCAACAUGGACAGGAUGAGCCUGAAGACGAGGAUGGCGCUGCUCGGGGACGGCAGGGAGGCCACGGGGUCCCUGCCCCCCGUCAACCCUCCCCGGAGGUGCAGCGAUGGGGGCGCCCACGGCCACGGCCGGCGCCACCUGCUCCCCCACGACGUGCUGGGGAACGGGGUGAGAAGGGCCAGCGACCCCGUGAGGACGGUCUCGGAGAGCCUGUCCCUGCCCAGAGUCCAGCGUUUCAACAGCCUUACCAGCUUCCACCCGCCCGUUCUGCCUCCAUCUGUGGAAAAGCGUAACUUUGCGCUUCAGAACUACACACGACCCGAGGGUGGCCCGUGCCGUGGCUUCUACGCAUCUCCCUGCCCCCCGAGUAUUUCCGAGAACGUCACCCUGGAGUCCCUGACCAUGGAGGCCAACGCCAACUUGAACGACGAGGACUUCUUGCCGGACGACGUGGUGCAGUAUUUGAACGCGCAGAACCAAGCGGGCUACGAGCAGCACUUCUCGAGCAGCAUCGCGGAUGACGCCAAGGUGCCCCACGGGGCUGGCCUGGGCAGCGGGUCUGGUGAAUUUGAUUUGUCCGUGCUGCCCAACGGCCACGUCGGCCAGCAGUACCGUGCCCUCGAGCAGCCCUGCCCGGGAGCCACCAAAAAUGACCUGCCCAUUCAGUGGAACGAAGUCAGCUCCGGAAGCGCCGACCUGUCCUCCUCGAAGCUGAAGUGUGGCCAGCGCUCCGUGGUGCAGCAGGCUCGAGCCUUUGGAUCCUAUAGCAAUGUGACUGUCCACCAGCAGAAUCCACUGAGGAAUGGGGCUGGCCCAGCUGGGGGUUAUCAGGCCCUCGGGGAAAACGGCAGCCCCUUCAGCGGCCCUGAGCAAUUGAUGAUCCGUAGCGGCGUUCCUGGAACCAAUGGCAGUGCCUUCCACGAACAGCCCUGUAAGGCCCAGCAAUAUGGGCACUGUCUGAACAGGCAGCCGGCCACCCCGGGCGUGCUCGGGGAUGCCUGUGGUGCUGUGAUUCAAGGAUCAAAGCUGAAAAGCACCGCCGGGCAAGGGGGCGGGAGCCAGCCAGAGUUUGGCAUGUCAGCCUUGCCAAGUGAGUCAACUGGCUGUGUGGUGAAUGGCAUGCAGAACCCAGAGCUGGGGGGACAGGGGUACCUCGCUCCCCAGCUUCUGGGAGAUAACACGCACCACCAGGGAGCAGGCCGCCCCAGCCAGGGGCUGUUAGGGCAGGUUAGUGCUACCUCACACAUCAACAUUUACCAAGGGCCCGAGAGCUGUCUGCCAGGGGCUCCCGGUGUCGGCAACCAGCCAUCCAGCUUGGCAGUUAACAGGGGCUACCAGCCGUGUGCCAGCUACGGGGGCAGCCGGCACCUGGCACCGAUGAUUGACACCACUCAGACCUGCAGGGUGAAUGGCAUCAAGGUGGAGAUGCCCGGACAGCCCCUCCAGCUCUGUUCCAACGUGCAGAAUUACUCUGGUCAGUUCUAUGACCAAACCUUGGGCUUCGGUCAGCAAGACACAAAAGCCGGCUCCUUCUCCGUCUCUGAAGCCAGCUGCUUGCUACAGGGGGCUGGCGCAGAGAACUCAGAAUUGCUUUCCCCAGGUGCUAACCAGGUGACAAGCACAGUUGACAGCCUCGACAGCCACGACCUGGAGGGGGUGCAGAUAGAUUUUGAUGCCAUCAUAGACGAUGGGGACCACGCCAGCCUGAUGUCGGGAGCCCUGAGCCCAAGCAUCCUCCAGAACCUUUCCCAUAGCUCCUCCCGGCUCACGACGCCACGAGGGUCCCUCCCGUUCCCAGCACUGUCAGUGGGCACCACCAACAUGGCUAUUGGGGACAUGAGUUCUUUGCUGACCUCCCUUGCAGAAGAAAGCAAAUUCCUUGCAGUUAUGCAGUAGGGCUUAGGAAAAAAAGGACUGCAAACGAGCAUAAAACGUUAGGAGUUUAAAACAUUAAAUUG